AUGGGCAUUCAGCCGCGUGCGCCAUCCACCAACGGCACCGCCAACGGGGCACCGAAUGGAGCCGCCAACAGCAAGAAGAAAGUUCCCCUCGACAUCGAGCAGCUGUUGGCCAAGAAGAAGGCUGCCGACGACGCCGCAUCCAAGCCCAGGUUCAUCUCCAAGGCAGAACGAGAACGCAUAGCGGCCGAGAAGGCAAAGGCGGAGGAAGAGAAGCAGCGACAGAGCAAGAAACAGAAAGACGACGAGGCGGCUGCCGCUGCGCGCAGCAGAUGGAACAAUCACUCAGACAGUCGCUCGGACGACCGCUAUGGCCGGCCGAAUGACCGCUACGGCAGAGACGGCAGAGACGGCAGAGAUAGCAGAGAUGGUAGAGACGCGCCCUCCGUACCAACUGGGCCCAGGGCCAUGCGCCAGAACAAUGCCAGCGAGAGACAGCCCCAUAGAGGCGGCAAGAAGGAUAAGGACGACAAGAAGAGACCCGCCCCCGAGGAGACAGAGGCCGCCUUGAUACGAGAACGGUACAUGGGCCCGCAGAUGAACGUGUCGACAUUUUCUGCCGACAAGAAGCGGAGGCGGACGACCGAGAAGAAGUUCAACUUUGAGUGGGAUGCCGCCGAGGAUACCAGCCAGGAUUAUAAUCCCAUUUACGCCGACCGCGUCGAGCCCACCUUCUUCGGCAGGGGCCGUCUCGGUGGCUUUGGCGACGACAUGACCGAGGAGAAUGCUAGGAAAUACGCCCAGUCCCUGAUAGAACGCGAUCCCGAGAACGGCGAAGCGAGAGCCCAGGAGAUGCUGGAGAUGAUGCGCCGUGCCAAGGAGAGGGCAAACCGCAACGCUCUUGGCAAGCACUGGUCAGACAAGAGUCUGGAGGAGAUGCGGGAGCGCGACUGGCGCAUCUUCAAGGAGGACUUCGGCAUCGCCACCAAAGGCGGGCUGAUUCCCAACCCCAUGAGGAACUGGCAAGAGUCCGGCCUGCCGCGGCGCCUCCUUGAUAUCAUCGCCCAAGUCGGUUACGACGAGCCAUCCCCCAUUCAGCGAGCAGCUAUCCCGAUAGCCUUGCAGGCUCGUGACUUGAUCGGCGUCGCUGUCACCGGUUCCGGAAAGACUGCUGCCUUCUUACUACCCCUACUGGUCUACAUUUCCGAGCUGCCGCCACUCACAGAGGCAACGAACAAUGAUGGCCCGUAUGCCCUCAUUAUCGCACCUACUCGUGAGCUGGUUCAGCAGAUCGAAACCGAAGCCAGGAAAUUCGCGACGCCGCUUGGUUUCACUGUUGUCAGUCUAGUCGGUGGUCAUGCCCUUGAGGAGCAAGCGUUCGCACUCCGUAACGGUGCUGAAAUCAUUGUCGCCACCCCUGGUCGGCUGGUCGAUUGUAUUGAGAGACGGCUGCUCGUUCUAUCACAGUGCUGCUAUAUUAUCAUGGAUGAAGCAGAUCGAAUGAUAGACAUGGGUUUCGAGGAAUCCGUCAACAAGAUCCUGGACGCCCUUCCAGUAACCAACGAGAAGCCGGACACAGAGGCAGCUGAAAAUGCCCAACUCAUGUCUCGCCACCUUGGGGGAAAGGACCGUUACCGCCAGACAAUGAUGUACACAGCCACAAUGCCUCCUGCUGUGGAGAAAAUCGCCAAAAAGUACUCUCGUCGUCCAGCCAUCGUCACCAUUGGUAAUGCUGGUGAGGCCGUCGACACCGUUGAGCAGCGCGUCGAGUUCGUCGCCGGAGAGGACCGCAGGAAGAAACGCCUUCGCGAGAUCUUGCUCGACGAGGGUUUCAAAGCCCCGAUCAUCGUAUUCGUCAAUAUCAAGCGAAACUGUGAUGCCAUUGCCAAGGAGAUUAGCCGCAUGGGUCUCAGCUGCGUCACGCUGCACGGCUCAAAGACCCAGGACCAGCGUGAGCAGGCCCUGGGCUCGGUCCGAGCGGGCCACACCGAAGUCCUGGUGGCCACGGACCUGGCGGGUCGAGGUAUCGACGUGCCCGACGUCAGCCUGGUCGUCAACUUCAACAUGGCGCCGUCCAUCGAGGCCUACACGCACAGAAUCGGCCGUACCGGUCGUGCCGGCAAGAGCGGUGUGGCCAUCACCUUCCUCGGCAACGAGGAUGCCGACACCAUGUACGACCUGAAGCAGAUGCUGAGCAAGAGCAGCAUCAGCCGCGUGCCCGAGGAGCUGAGGCGCCACGAGGCCGCCCAGUCCAAGCCCACGCGGGGCGGCGGCGGCAAGAAGGCCGUCGAGGAGUCGGGCGGCUUUGGCGGCAAGGGUGGGUGGAAUUAA